CAAACUCCUCUCCGCCGUCUUUUUCACCGGAAAAUCCUGACGUUCUUCGCCGGCGUGAUUCAUUUUUUAGAUAAUUUCAAUUACUAAUCCCUUUUUCGUUUGUGUAUUUCGAUUUGCGACUACUCCGAAUCUUCAAAAAAGCGUUUUUUUUGUUUUUCAUGAUCUGGAAGAAUCUGAUCUGAUCUAAUCUGAGCCGUCGAUCUAAGCUAUGGAAAGGAUCGUCGGAGGUAAAUUCAAGCUCGGUCGCAAAAUCGGUAGUGGAUCGUUUGGUGAAAUUUUCCUCGCUACACAUAUUGAUUCGUUUGAGAUCGUCGCAGUAAAAAUUGAGAAUAAUAAGACUAAACAUCCUCAACUUCUCUACGAGGCCAAGUUGUACAAUAUUCUCCAAGGAGGAAGUGGUAUACCACAUAUAAAAUGGUCUGGUGUGGAUGGUGAUGACAACGUUCUGGUCAUGGAUUUGCUGGGUCCUAGUUUGGAAGAUCUCUUUGUCUACUGUGACCGGAAGCUUUCAUUGAAGACUGUUUUAAUGUUGGCUGACCAGAUGAUUACCAGAAUUGAAUAUGUACACUCUAAAGGCUUUCUACACAGGGAUAUUAAGCCUGACAACUUUCUGAUGGGUCUUGGUCGAAAAGCAAAUCAGGUUUAUAUUAUUGAUUUUGGUCUUGCUAAAAGAUAUCGUGAUGCAACUACAAAUCGCCAUAUUCCUUACAGAGAGAACAAAAAUUUAACGGGAACUGCACGUUAUGCCAGUUGUAAUACUCAUCUCGGAAUUGAGCAAAGCCGGCGGGAUGAUUUAGAAUCUCUUGGAUAUGUCCUACUUUAUUUCUUGAGAGGCAGCCUCCCAUGGCAGGGUCUAAAAGCUGCCACAAAGAAGCAAAAGUAUGACAAAAUAUGUCAAAAGAAGUUAUCAACUCCUAUUGAGGUUUUAUGCAAGUCUCAUCCUGUUGAGUUUGCUUCGUAUUUCCAUUACUGUCAUUCGUUGACAUUUGAUCAGCGGCCUGAUUAUGGAUUUUUAAAGCGCCUAUUCCGUGAGCUUUUUACCCGUCAAGGUAUGUAUUAUUCUGUAAUGGUUGGCCUUGAGGCUGUUAAGCAAUCAUUGCGCAAUCGUAAGAAAAGGAAAAAAACUCAGAAUUUUUUCACAGCUUCAACGGGGUAUAAUCAUGGCGAAAAAGUCAGAGAAGAAAGAAAAGAUAGUGAAAAUGACAAAAGAAGAUUCAAUAAGCGCACUGAAAAAAGAAGAGAAGAAGAGGCCAAGAAAAUGGUAUCAGUAUCAAAAAGAAGAAAUCUUGGUACUGAAUUUGAAGAAAAAUCACAAACCCGAGAAACCCAAGUUGGAGAAAGUUCAAAGCCAAGGUCUAAAAAGUAUUUACCAAAACCAGAAUUUGGGUACAGUAUUGAUGGAACAAAGUUACCAAGAUUUCCACCUAUUCAGAAUUUAGAGCAAAUUAUUGGAAAAUGCAGUUACCCUUUUGAGAAAAAAUUGACAAAAACUGAUUUAGACAAAGAUCAAGAUAAGUUUUCAUUGAACAGAGAUGAUGUGAAAAGGACAAUUUUGCCUUUGUUAAAUGAGCAUGAAAUUGGUAAUCUUGGUACUGGAAUUUCAGUGAACAGCUUUGAUCAGUUGUGA